AUGGACAGUCCAAAAGGUUCCCUGUCAGUGCUAACUAGCGAUGACGUUGGCAAAGAGCAUAUAAAUGAUGAACGUCUGAACCAAAAUGAACUGAUCUUGAAUAUGGCAACGAUGCUUGUUCUGUCUGAGACUGGCUCCCAUGACACACAGGUGGAUUCUAAUGGGGGAACGUUGCCCAGGAUGCCAGGUUCAUUUGAUGUCAAUAGAUUAAAAACGAAUAAUUUUCUGUACAAUGAGUUGACUGAACUGCUUAAUCACAAUAAUGCUACGGCUACUUCGUUAGUAAACAAUCCAGAAUCGAUGAGUACAAUAUCAAGAUAUUCGAGUUCCUAUGGGACUGGUUCAGACUCUGCGGUGAACAUCAAAACUCCUGUAGUGACAUCCAGUGAUUCGAAUUCUGAUGAGGUCAAUAAAUUUAUUGAAAAUCAAACUUCAGGAAAUGAUGAGCUCAUGAACAAUGAGACUCCCGAUUUGGGGAUUGCAGACCCACCCGAGACAUUGUUAGGUGAUAAUGAAGGCACCAAGGUACCUGUGAACGAAAUAAGUUAUUCAUCCGUAGAAAAUUCUGAAGACGUACAAGAGUCGUUCAACGAAAUAAAAGAAGCUUCACAAUCGUUAGACGUGGAUGAAUAUCAAAAUAGGGAUUCUCAGAAAAUUCUGGACUCCGUUUCGCAUUCGAGUGGACGAGAGUUGUCUCUGUUGAAUCUGUCAUCUGAUUUGGUCAAUACGAAGUCAUCCGACUUAGAAAAUUUCAAGUCUACGUUGGAUCCCGGUAAGCCUUAUAACACCAAAUCAAACGUUAAUUAUCUGUCACUUUUAAAACAUCAUAUUAGCGACAAUAAUGUAGAGUUAAACGAAAAUGAUGACCCUGCCUUAGUUGGUGGAAGCAGCAACUCGUCGAUAAUUCCAAAUGGUUUGCAGGAUGAUACUUUAGGUAGAAUCCGAACAAUUGAAGAUGAGAACAUAGAUGAGGAUGCUUCAAGUGCAAGCAACAAUCAUCCUGAAAAAGAGCCUUUAAAAGAUGGCCUAAAAAAGAAUCUGACCCAGGAAUCUACUGAUGGAUCACUUGUUGAUGAAAGUCUGUCAACCAUACAGCCUUUAUCAAGAGGCGACAGAUCGAAUAACGAGAGAUCUUCAAAGUCAUUGUCGUCAAACUCUGGCAACUCUCAAUCUAGAAAUGUUUCAUCCAGUUCAAAUCAAUCUCAUCCCCAAUCUAGAAAUGUUUCGUCCAGUUCAAAUCAAUCUCAACCUCAAUCGAGGAACAUUUCCUCUGGUACAGUUGUCAAGAACAAUGGAGGUGUGCCUUCUAACUUCGCAUUUAACAAGACUCCUGCGGCAAGCCCUUUGCAGCAUUCAAAUGUAUUUGCAACUCCCGCGUCAGGUUCAUCUUCCCCGAGAGAGCAUUCAAGUCCUUCAAUUAGCAGCCCAAAAACUCCAUCUUCUAAGAUUAAUGGCAAGAAAAGGAAGAGCGGAAAUAGGGUCAAGGGAGUUCUUUCGCUGAUGUUCAAAUCUAAACCGGUUUCGAGCUAUCCAUCCCCAGAGCUGUCUAUGAACAUGAAGAUCAGUACGCCGUUUAAUGCAAAACAUGUUGCACAUGUAGGUGUUGAUGAUAAUGGCUCUUAUACGGGCUUGCCUAUAGAGUGGGAAAGGUUGUUGUCAGCGAGUGGAAUAUCAAAGAAAGAGCAACAGCAGCAUCCUCAAGCAGUUAUGGAUAUCGUGGCAUUCUAUCAGGACUCGAAUGAGAAUAAUCCUGACGAAGCAGCAUUCAAGAAAUUUCAUUAUGAUAAUAAUCUUUCUAGUGCUUCAAUUGCGCACUCGACUCCACCAACAACACCUUCUGCUUCCACCUCUCAAUUUCAAGAACCCUUUGGGUUGAUUUCCCCCAAUGAGGUGUCGCAUGCAUCUCAAAAGUCUCUGUCACAGCAGCCACUGUUUAUUCCUAGUCGACCAGCGCCGAAACCACCUUCUUCUCAAGAAGGUUUUUCAACGACAGCUUCUGUCCAAGUCAUGCCACCCUCAAAAACCCAGAAUAAAUUUGCGAGAUCAAUCUCUUCAAAAUCUAUAAUGUCGAUCAAGGGCCCAAAGAAGGAUAAAAUUGUACCUUCUAGUCCAACGCCGGCUUUGCCUGUCGCACCUAAUAGUAUACCAAAGUCAAAAUCUCAUAGUUAUUCUCUAGCAGAGAGGAUAAAGGCAGAAGAGAAAGGAUCUACAACGGCUCCAGUGGCUCCAUCUUCCACUUUUAGUGAGUCAAAGGACGAAGAGAAAAUUAUCUACGCAAAGCAACGUGAAAAGGGAAUAAAUGCAACUCGGGCACCUCCUCCACCCCCACCGACGAGCAAAGAAGCUGAUGAGAAAAGCUUUAGUCGCUCUAAUUCCGAGAAGAAUGAGGAUUCUAGGAAGAAGAAAUCGGGGCAACCAGUUAGAGAUCCUAAGCAAGCUGCUCUCAUGGCGGCCAAGAAGAGAGAAGAUAAAAAACGCAAAAAUCAACAGAUAUUGGCCAAAUUACGAUCCAUAUGUAACGAAAGCGAUCCUACAAAUCUUUACAGGGAUCUCAAGAAGAUAGGACAGGGCGCCUCAGGAGGUGUAUACAUUGCACAUGAUGUUAACGUAGGAUCUACAGUGGCAAUCAAGCAAAUGAAUUUAGAGCAACAACCAAAGAAAGAAUUGAUUGUCAACGAGAUUUUGGUCAUGAAGGGCAGCAGACAUCCUAACAUAGUCAAUUUCAUUGACUCUUAUUUUCUUAAGGGAGAUUUGUGGGUUAUCAUGGAAUAUAUGGAAGGAGGUUCUUUAACUGAAAUCGUAACGCAUAGCGUUAUGUCUGAGGGUCAAAUUGGAGCUGUUUGUAGAGAGACUUUAAAGGGUCUCAAGUUUUUGCAUUCGAAAGGAGUGAUUCAUCGAGAUAUCAAAUCUGAUAACAUAUUAUUAAACAUUGACGGACAUAUUAAAAUGACUGAUUUUGGUUUCUGUGCUCAAAUAAACGAGCUUAAUUUGAAGAGAACCACGAUGGUAGGUACCCCAUAUUGGAUGGCUCCUGAAGUCGUCUCAAGAAAAGAAUAUGGUCCGAAGGUAGACAUUUGGUCAUUAGGUAUUAUGAUGAUUGAGAUGAUUGAAGGAGAACCUCCGUACUUAAAUGAGACGCCAUUAAGGGCAUUGUACUUAAUUGCAACCAAUGGCACACCUAAACUUAAGGAACCAGAAGCUUUGAGCUAUGAUAUUAGGCGCUUCUUGUCUUGGUGUUUGCAAGUAGACUUCAAUAAGAGAGCUGAUGCUGAUGAUCUCUUGAACGACAAGUUUAUUUUGGAGAGCGAUGAUGUCUCAUCUUUGGCUCCCUUGGUUAAAAUUGCGAGGAUGAAGAAGCAAAGCGAAUCUGAGGAAUAG